CCCGGUCACUCACGGGAAGAAUGACUUUUAUAUCUCUCUCUCAUCAUUUUAUAGAAAGAAAAGCCAAACCAGAGACCCAUUUUUGCUUUUUGAUCUUUUAGGCUGUAAUCUUACAACUCUCAACCCCACAAAUUUCACCCACCACUACCCUAACACUCUAAUUGCAAUACAAUACUAUCAGAAAGAAUCUUAAUGAGUUCAUCAGAUCGAUUGUUGUUCAAUAGGCAAACAAGUGUUCAUCAGGCUCUCGGAGGCGGACUUUUUGCAGAUGUGAUUCUAUGGAGGCAUACAAAUGUGACAAUGGGAAUAUUCAUAAUAACUUUAGCUUCUUGGAUGAUGUUUGAAAGAUCCGAUUACACAUUCUUAUCAUACGUCUCCAAUGUUCUCUUACUCCUACUUCUCAUUCUUUUCCUUUGGGCCAAAUCAGCACAAAUUCUCAACAGACCUACACCACCAAUACCAUACUUACAGCUGUCAGAAGAAACAACAAAUGAAGCUGCAGCUUUGAUUCGUGAACAAAUAAACACAGUGUUAUCUGUAUCCCAUGAUAUUGCACUUGGAAAAGACCCUAAAAUGUUUGCUAAAGUUGCGUCAUAUUUAUUUAUCAUCUCAACUAUUGGAAGUCUAACUGAUUUCCGAACAUUGUGCUACACAAGUGUUUUUGUUGUUCUUAUUGUUCCGGUUUCAUAUGAGAGAUAUGAAGAACAUGUUGACUCAGUUUUAGUGAAGGGAAAUUUGAAGUUGAAGGAGUUGUAUAUAAGAUUUGAUGAGGAAUGUGUAAAGAAAGUAAGGAAGUGGAUUUUGGAGACGAAUAAACUCAGUUGAUCAAAUUCUUUACAUUCUUUUUUGUGUUAUAUUUGUAAUGGUCUUCUUGUAUGGAGAUGGAGGUUUUGAUGAAUUGAUGUCAAGGUGUUGUGAAAUACAAGUUGAGAAAUGAAUGAUUAUAAUAUUUUAUUGGGUUAAAUAUAUUUUUUUUUCUCAAUUUUAUGUAAGUAAACAAUGAGCGAACCUGUCUUCACUG